AUGCUGGGAAUAAUUUGCAUUUCAAACGUGCCUGGAAUUCCAAGCGGGACAAAACCCAGGAAAUUCCAAGUGACCCCACAACACCAUCCCCGUUUUUUGGGUUUUGGUGGGUUUUUUUUGGCAGCCUGGGCAGAAGAACCCCAACCCUUGGAGGUGAACGGAGCCGUCGGGAGGGUGGCAUUCCUGACCCCCCCCGGCCCCCAAAAUCCCUCCGAAUAUUCCCGAAUCCAUUGGCGCUGGAAAAACCAGGUGACAAUCGCCAGCCGGCAGCGGGGACAGGAGCCCAGGUACCCCCAGAGCCGCUUUAAGGGGCGCCUGGAGCUCCUGGAGAACAACGCCCUAAAAAUGAGGGACCUGAGGGUGGAGGACAGCAGCGACUUCCACCUGUACCUGCAGGAUGACACCGGCAGGGAGAGGAUCGAGGUCGUCCGGCUGAGGGUCUACGAUCUGGUCCCCAAGCCCCAGGUUGGGGCCACCACCGUGGGUGACUCCUGGCAGUGCAACGCCACCCUCAGCUGCUCCGUGGCCCUCGAAGGCGUCACCUACGAGUGGAUCCCGGUGCAGAAACUGCCGAGGAACCGCGGCCCCGUGCUCAGCGUGUCCUUCAACCCCACCGUGGAGACCUACGUGUGCAGGGUGAGCAACGCCGUGUCCUCCAACAGCGCCUCGCUCACCUUCCGGCCCCCCUGCACCUGGACAGGGGAGUCCUCGUCCGUCUCCGGUGCCACCCCCAGCGCCCUGGUGGCCCUGGGCCACCUCGUCCUCCUCUUCCUCCUGCUGCUCGUGGCCUGA